AUGUCAACUGAUGGGUGGAGAGAUUUCAUUCUUGCCGAAGACAUAACCCUAUGCUACUUCUUGGUGUUCCGUCCCAAGACCAUCUUCGACUUUGAAGUGAUGGUGAUGGAGCCCAACGGUUGUGAGAGGCUACCACAUUACACGUUUACUCUCGAUAUAAAGUCAACUCAUGUGGGGCGUGCACGUCUGGGAAUCCCAAUGCAAUUCUGGAGGGAUUACAUUGAAGGCCAUUAUUUGAACUACAACUCCGCAAUGUUGAAGUUUGGUGACAAUUGGUAUGACGUCGAAAUAAUACAUGGGCACGGGAAGAAACUCCUACAGAAUGGUCGUGCACGACAAUUCGUCGAUGACAACAUUGUUGUUGGUGAUGUUUGCACGUUCUUUCUCCUCCCACAUGAAGAAGUCAUAAAAUUCAAAGUGAAAAUGUAG